AUGGCCAGCUGCUUGGUACCUGCACUGCUACUGCUACUGCUUCUAGGAUCGCGGAGCUCUGUAGCACCGAAUCCAUGCGUGGACGCGGCCGACGCGUGCACCGCCGACGAGCGGUGCCAUCGGCUGCGCACCGCGUACGUGGUGCAGUGCUUGGGUCGUGCCGGGCCAGGGGGCUGCCCCCGCGCCCGCUGCCGCCGCGCCCUGCGCCACUUCUUCGCCCGCGGGCCGCCCGCGCUUACACACGCACUGCUCUUCUGCCCUUGCGGCGGCCCCGCGUGCGCAGAGCGCCGGCGCCAGACCUUCGUGCCCUCCUGCGCUUUCUCAGGGCCUGGCCGGGCGCCACCUUCCUGCCUCGGGCCCUUAGACGCCUGCGAGCACAGCCGGAUCUGCAGGCCCCGCCUCCUGGCCUUCCAGGUCUCCUGCGCGACCACAGCCAGCAACCCUGACGGCUGCCUCCAAGACCAGGCCCCAAGCUGCCUGCGCGCCUACGCCGGCCUCGUGGGCACAGCCAUCACGCCCAACUACGUGGACAACGCAAGCGCGCGCGUGGAGCCCUGGUGCGACUGCAGAGCCAGCGGAAAUCGGCGUGAGGAGUGCGAAGUCUUCCGGGGACUCUUUACGAGGAACCGCUGCUUGGACAGUGCCAUACAGACCUUUGACGGUGGGUGGCCCCCAAUCCUCCGUAACCAGUUGGACUCCCACCAGGACCCUGAGCAGAGUCUCCUGCAGGUGUCUUCUGCAGAUGUGCUCCUGGAGGGGAGCUCCCUGCUCUCCAUGCUUCUUGUUCUGGCUCUCCAGUCCCUGUUCUGACUUGGACAGCAGACCUUGGACAACUGUCCCACCCUGCCUGGGAUAUUGGGCCUCAUUAGUGGCCUACUGCCCCACUGAAAAGGGACUGGCUUGUCUCCUAAGCUGGCCCACUGCUCUUGCUCUACUGCUCUUUGCAGAUCUGGACACUGUUUUAUCAUGCUCUAAGGUGUACAUCUGAACAGACUUGUAGACAAAACUCCCUCUGGUACUCCAGCAUUUUAUGGCAUCCUCCUAGUUAGGCACUACCCAUCAUGAUAGACACCGGCACCGCAUCACUAACGCUGGCAGAUUGCUUCCUGUCUUUGAUGUGCUGCUUGUUGGACACCACCUUGAGUGAGAAUCCAGUUC